CGACAAUGUUUCCUACAGCAGGGUAUUUCCGGAGUACAAACUGUCCAUUCUUUGUUCACGGUCUGUGCCACAGACCGUAUUGCCAUUUUCGUCACAGUAAACCCGGUACGUGGAAUUUUAACACUUAAGAGGUAGAAUUUGUACCUAGGGAUACAUUGCCCUGGACGCUAGAGUCAGACCUUUCUUUAUCUUUAAAUCUUAAGGUGAAAUUUAGUAGAUAAAGAGAUUCGUUGUGGAGUAUCGAAAUUAAACUUAUUACAUGAACGAAAUCAGUGCGGGUUACUUGAGUUGUUUGGGAUAAUUACAGCAGCUAUUAAGCGCUUAAUUGUAGUCAAAUGCCUUUGAAAUAUGGUCAAUUACCGUGUAACUCUCAGGGAUGAUUAACUCGAAAGUUCUCCCCACAAUUUCAAAAGGAGAAUUGACAACUGUAUUGACUAGAGACUUUUAUCAAGCUGUAACUCAAAAUUCUCUUUCACAGCUACAAGAUUGGGUAGCACACAACUGACAAGUUUGCAUGGAAGCCAGGAAAACUGUCUCUAUUUCCCAAAUGUAACCCCUUGUACCCUGAUUUAAAUACAGUCAAACUUGUAUUAAGUGGCACCACAUUAAGUGGUCGCCCUGUAUUAAGCAGUGGAUUGUGAAAGUGUCUAAUUUUCUUCCUCUUAGUCAUUGUAAUUUUCACUUCUAUCAAGCUAUCACCUCAAUUAACUCUUAGUACUCCCAAGAUCUGAUUGUUAAUUCUCCCCUCUAGCUGCUACUUUACAAGAAUUUAGUAUUAGAUCAAGAUAGGAACUUGUUCUGAUAAGUUUGAGUAUCCUCAUUACCUGUUUGCUGGAUGAUGUAUGGAUAUUAUAGAAAGAAGUUACUUGGAAAUCAUCUCUGGGAGUUUAAGGGUCAUGAGAUAAAGGAAAUAAGGAGAAUUUGUUUAACAAUCAAGAGCAUCUUGAUUUCAUGAUCAUUUUCUUAAUUCUCUUGUCCACAAUGUUUGAUUCAGGGGUGAUAUUGUUAGGUGAAAUUAGAGGCUGUUAGCAGUUAAACUUGAGCCUUAAGAUGACUUGUGAGUCUGCAAUAAUAUUUUUAAGUCAGAGUUGAUUUUGGCAACAGUUCUAAUACUCAAGGUUGCAAUUGAUGACUGUGAAGAAAUCAAUGAAAAGCUGGUCACAGAACCCUGAAGUGUGCAUUUUCUCUCUCAAACAGGGCUCAAGGCUUCAAAGAGCAGAACUUCACCUCAUAAGAAUAAUAUUGAACUACAAUCCAACAAUGUUAAGACUACAACACCCAGUCCAGAUGUAUCUGAUGGAGAUAAACAGCGGGCUGACAUUAGAACAACUCCACCAGAAGCAACAAAAAGGAGGGUAGAAACAGUGGACAGUACAAGUCCUGAAAUUGAAAAUAAAUUUACCACACAAACAAACACAGCUUCUAAAAGGGGCAUUCUGAAUAGAGGUGAUGAAGAACAGAAUAUUCAGGAUGAUCAACUUUCUAGUGUCAAAGAAUCUUUGCUCAAGACCAGCAAAGAUGUAACUGAACCUGUGACUAGCUCACAUAUGAUCAGCCCCAGUGAUGAGGGCAUGGAAAUGUCUGAAUUGGAUCGGAAUGAUUGUGAACAACCCAUUGCUUCUCUGACUGAUGAAGAGAUGAAAAUCAUUGGGUUGAACACAGUUUCUUCACCUGGUUGCAGUCAAACUGCUGUUAAAAGUACCAAUUUAGGACAAAAUUCAACUUCAAAUGAUUCUAGUUGCAUUGUUUCUCAAAGUAACUCCCCAGUUGUGGGAGAAUUUUUUGAGAAUGACACUGAAGGAGGAGGCCAAAUGAAGAGUAACUUGUUUGAUGUUAAUGUUACUGAAAAUUACAUUGCUAAGGAGGCAAGAAUUGCUCAAAUCAAGGCUGAUAGUUUAGCAAAGAGACUUAAAUCCAAAGCUGUGAAGGAGAAAAAUGAUUCAUCAUUGGUUUUGGAAAGUAACUGUAUAGAAAAGAAACAGGAGCUCAGUGGAGGGAAAGAAAAAUAUGACGUGACUCAGGAAAAGCCACAAAGACGAAAAUCUGUUCAGCUUCAAAUCUCUGUUGAAGGAGAUGAAGACACGAAAGAGUCUUUGGAUAUACCUGCAAAGAAAAGAAAAUCCCAGCAGUUGCCAUGUGCAACUAGCUCUUCACUUCACUCUUCUGCACUAAAGAGUGAGGAUAGUAACAGGGCUACGAAAAGGAAAGAUAGCAUUUCCAAACAGGAAUAUAAACUACAUGAGUUGUUUUUGUCUGCAUCAAAGUCACUGGAACACACCAUUCACUCUAGUAAAUCACCUAUGGAUAAUGAUUCUAAAGACAUAAAAAAAGGCAAAGCAAAUGCAUCAAAAAGAAAACUAAGCCUUGCAGAGACUGAAAUAAAUUUCUUUGGUCCUUCUAAAAGGCAAAACAAAACUGAGAAAAUGGAAAAGCAGAAGAAAGUUAAGGAGGAAAUAGUUGCUGUUAAAACUUUGAAACCCAAAAAAUUAGAGAACAGAGGAUUGGAAAAGAAGAACAAUUUUCAGAAAACCAAACUUCAGACAAGUGCCAAAGGUUUAACAAUGUCAAGUGAAGAUAGUGAUUACAUGUGCAGCCCUGCAGGAGGUGACUCAAGCCAUGAGGAGAAUGAUUCACUGAGAAGGAUUUGGAAUAACUUUGAACUGCCACAAGACAACCUUGUGAUAGAGAAGGAUUCACAAUCACCUGUUAAAAAACAGGCAGAAGAAUCAACAAGGAAGAGAACAUUGUCAUCUGUGUCUAACGACUCUGACGUGAUUAAACAACCAUCUAUGGCUGAUGCAUUAGGACUUGGGAAGAAACAGCGAGUGGCACAUAUGCCCAGUCAUGUAAGUUAACCAUUUGCACCCUUUCAUCAGUAUGCAUAUUCUUCACACUGUUCUCUGUAGGGAGAAUUUGUGUAACAAUCAAGAGCUUCUUUAGUGUGUGAUCAUUUCUUUUAUUCUCAUGACCUUUAACUCCCAUGAGUGACCAAGACAGAAUUUCUCCUUACAUUAUCAAUACAAAAUCAGGCAAACAAGUGAUGAAAAUAAAAAAGUGUAUCAAUUAGGGGAUUAUUAGUUGAUCUAAUUCUAAAGUUUAAAUUCUAAACUUUCUUUCUAUGUCAUGAAAAUUGAAUGGCAGACGGUAAGGAGAAUUACUAAAUAAAUGAGAUGUCGGGAAAGAAAGGGUUAACAUUUGAUUCAGUGAUGACAUUUUAAGGAGAAGUUGGAUGUCAUUUACUCUUGGUGGUUAAGGGAUUAAUUAUUGAAAUAAGUAACAUUAUGAAUUUUAGCUUUUUCAAGACACAAGCCUGAGUUUUGCCUUUACAUGUAGUUAAGAGGUUAGAACAUCUGAGAAAAUUUAUAUCCAUUGAUUACUUGUAAGUUACAAUUGUCCCUUAAUCCUUUAACCCCUAAGAGUUAUUGGCAUCUAAUUUCUCCUAACCCCUAUUUAACUGUUGUAUCAAACAUUAGGGCCAUGAGAAUAAGGGAAAUGAUCACCAACAAGAGAGCCUCUUGAUUGUUGAGCAAAUCCUCUCUGUCUGUAUCAUAGGAAAUGAGAAGAGAACAGUGUGAAGAAUAUGCAUAUAAAUCUUAGAGUGUAAAGGGACUGUUGUCCUUAAGAGCAGCUGCAGAUGUUUUGACAACCUUGUUGAAGGUCACAGUUGAGUGUUAUGAGUCUGGCCCAUGAAAACCAAUUUUAGUAAUCAGUUUGUUCAUGAUUCUAUUAGUCAUAAGAUCCUGGUAAUGUAUGAAGUACCAUUACAUGUUUCAAUUGUGUUCAUAGGAUAGUGUUAUUUGUAUUACAGCUACCUAGGAGAUUAUCAUCAAAUGCUAAUCCUGUACGAAGGUACCCUAAGUCUUUAACAGCCGUACAAAGGAAAGAGGAGUCUGAGGCACCUUCAACAUCGGUAAGAACUGAUGGGGAAAGCUACUCUGUUUAGCUAAUUUGAAUUGUCAGUGAGCAAGGUGUUAUUACUUAGGGAAGCUUCUUUUUAUGUGUAAAAAUUGUUCCAUGGGGUGAGGUACAUGUUGUGAGGACUGAAAUAAAGCAGGGAUUUCAAAGCAAGCUGGUGACCACCGCAGUUCUGCUAGCUACUUGACAACAUGUCACCGGUUACUCUGGUCAAAAUAAUAACUUGAAAAGUUACCUUUUGGCCCUUAAUGAACUUUUCACAGUCACUUACUUUUGCUGAGUCCAAUGGCUACCUAAAAACAUUUUGAAACCCCUGAUCAAGGGAACUUAACAAGCAUAGUAACUUAAUCCUGUUUUGGUGUCCUUGAAUCUUCUUAUUAAGUCUAAUUUUUAAGUUGCCUGAUGGAGAGCCUGUGCAUCACAGUGUUCUUCCCCUUUUUUUUUUCUAAUUUGGCUAAUUAACUAUUAAUUGAGCAAUUAAAGGAAAUUUUUUCUUCUUUUUAUCCUUUUUAAGGAUAAAUAAAUUGUUAGUAGACAGUUAUCAGUAAUUUGAUGAUUGUUCUUCUGAUCCAAGGGAUCUCCUGUGAAGGAGGCAGAGGGUUACAAGCCAGCCAAACAGAGGGUGGCUCAUGUAUUAAAGAAUAACUCCCCUGCAGGAUCACUGCCGAGACCUAGGAUCCCUGUGGAGUAUGGUGCUAAGGUGCCGCAAAGUCAACGUCAGAGAUACCUAGACAGAAUCGUUGAUGAAUACCUUAGAAUUUGUAGAAGUGAGAAAGAAGCAUUUGAAAAGGUAAUAACAGCAUAUACUUGUAACAUGGAGUCAGAAGCUUGAAAUUAAAACUAAAAAAUUAAUCAAAGGUUUUACAUUAUAGGCACUUUAUCUAUUAUUGUUGUAUUUUCCUCUGACCCCCAGCUCGUACUCUUCCUUCCCUCUUAAAUCUCUACAGAUCUGUUCAAAUUUUUAGUUGUCAUUUAUGUAAAAAAAUCUUUCAGAUCUUCAAAAUACUGGAGUAAGUUAUUUGGGGGUGGGGGGAAGGGGGGUAGUGAAUACUAGUAAGGGGAGAAAUUUUGCAGCAGUUGGAAUAUUAAAACAUAAAAAACACAUGGAAGUCACUUGUCAUUUAACUCUGCCACUCCAGUCUAGUUGCACAACAAUUGUACCUUGCAGAAAACUUGAUUUGAAGUAUUUUAAAGUGCUAAUUUUUCCCUGACCCAGGCUGUUGAAGAAGAAAAAACUCUGUAUGAAAGGAGCACCAGAAGACAAGUUUAUUUGAAUCUUUGUGUGAAUGCUAUCAAGAAACUUCGAGGUAUAACACAACUGGAAUCACCUUCUCCUGUUAAAAGUGAGACUACAACAAAAGUGAUGGUUACUAAGACACUGUCUUCAGGGGCAGUUGUUGUCAGUACCAAGAGCCCUGUGAAACAACAACCAGCUGUUCCACAAAUGGAUCCAUUUACAGGUAAUUGAUAUAUGUUGCUUUACAAUUGAUUAUGAUUUUAGGAGGGGGGAACCUUCUUUCUACAAGGACAGCCCAGCUUUGUUUGUGGGAUCUGAUGUCUUAGAUUUUCUUUAUUCUUUGGUUUUGAGAGUUAUUCAGUUAUUCCCUUUAUGGCUUCUCAAAUUUUCUUGUUUCAUAAAGCCAACUUGCCACAAUCCAGUUUAUCUAGAUACACAGUUUCAUUUGACAGUAAAAGAAGUGAAACUCUUUAAUGGAAGGAAUCAUGAUCAUGAUCAUGACAGUCAGUCACAAAAAGAAAAUGUCUCAGUGAGUUAAUGAGAAAUAUUUGUGAAUACUUGUGAACUGUCUCAAGCCCUGUGAAAAAGUGAGUGCCCACUCAAGAUCAGUGAUAGAUUUACAUCUGACUGAGAAGGGAGGGCUGCUGAAGACAGCAUGGCCAGUGUUGACAGCCUUCUAAAACAAUUACAGAGCUAAGUAAAAUACAAUGAGUGCAAUCCCUGAUCCCUUUUGACACCAAAUUUAAAAUUACUUGUACUUAGUUACAACAGCCAGCUGGGCCAACAAUCCUCUUUUCCCUCUCUUAUGAUUAUAAUUUUUUAAUUGAUGUUAUAGAGGAGUUGAUGUAUGAUUUCCUGUCUAAGUAUCUGAUGAGUGAAGAUGACUUAGUACAGAAUGGUUACCCACGUCCCUGUCCAACAGCACCCGGAAGAGCUGUUUUUAAAACUAAAAAGGAGCCAUCUAAAGAUCGUAAGUGUUCAGAGCCUUCCUUUGCGCAGUAGCAAAAUAGAUAUAAUAUGUUGAUAAUUUUGAUCAGUGUUCUCCGGAAGACCCUUCAGCCAGCAUUUUCAUUGGCUAGUUACUUCUGAUGCCCUUGCUACUUUAAUUAAUAGACCAAACAGUUAAACAUCCUUUCUGAUCCAAGCUCAAUUUAUAAAACACUGUUUUAUGACUUAUAUGUAAAAGUUAGGAUGAACUUCUUUGUCAGUUGAUGUUACUGGAAUGAGCACCAGCUUUUCCAUUUAACCCUUUCACCUCCAGGAAUAACCAAAAAGGAAUCUCUCCUUGUACAAAUGAAGACACACUGUUAAGCAAAAAGGGAAAAGAAGAAAGAAAAAUAUCAAAUAUUGACAGAAUUAAUUUUAGUUGGUUAGAGUUUUAAAUUAUAAUUUUUUUUCAAAUUAUGCUGAUUUGAAAUGAUCUUCCAUUUAGUUACACGUAGGACUUGCUGUCGUUGUGGCAAGCCUUUUGUUGUUCUUGAAGAUGGAGUUUAUCUAACAAGAGAAGAAUGUGUGUAUCAUGCUGGGAAAUUAUUUCGAAGAAGAGGUAAUUUUUUUCAUAUUUGCACAUUAAUGGUAUGACUGUGAUGACAACUGACAAUCAAUCAGUGUUUUUUUUUUUUACACAAAUAUGUAAUAUAGAAAUUAACUAUUUUGUAAGUGCAGCACAGAAUGUGGCUGUCUAUAAGAGAGAACUUUGUUGUUUUUUUUUGGCAAGGUUUUUUUUCCUCCAUGGAAAACUGAGGAAUUUAUGAAAUUGGUUGAUCUAGAAUCAACUAGGAUUCUUGAAGUUGAUGAAAAAGUAACUUCUCCCUAGAAUAUCCAUCAAUUAUUCAGAAAAGAAGUAGUGAGUCCAACAGACAGAAUACUCAAACUUAUUGGGCAGGACUUGUUAUCUUGAUCCACCACCAAAUUCUUAUAACUGAUUUACAAGGAAAUGUGUAACAGCUAGAGGUGAGAAUUAAAUGAUCAGAUCUUGGGAGUUGAAGGGUUAAGAAAAUUUAGUAUCAAGACUAUUCAGUUUUCACCAAUUGCACAAAGUUGCUUUUACAAAACUUCUUUAGUGCCAAAACCUUUCAAGGUAUAUUUAAUCGACUGAACUGAAUUUUAUUCUCUCAGGGGAACCAAUUACAAAUUAUUCUUGUUGUCAAGGAGAUGCCGGUAGCCUUGGGUGCUGUGUUGGAAAGGUAGAUUCUUUUGGGUCAAAAUUUUAUUUAUUCAUAAUUAAGUGUCUAAAUCACUCUGGUUGUGAUAGUUAAUUUUAGUCAAGCACCCUUGACCUAUCUUGAACCACCUCUCCCAUCUACCCCCUCUUUCCCUUCUCCAUUUUCCCCUCUUUCCCCUACCCCUCCUCUAGAAUCUAAGAUGACAGCUUUGAACAUGGCAAAAUGUAUUUGUUCUAUUAGUUUUCCCAACUUAGGACUCCCCAGUACACUGUUUAUAACAAUUAACCCUUUACACAGGCUAACACCUGAAUAUGUGAAAAUAUUCUCCAUACUGUUCUCUAUGCAUUUUCCAAGGUCCUGACAAGGAGAAGUUGUUUAACAAUUUGUAGCCUCCUAAGUUGGUGGUCAUUUUCUUUAUUCUCAUGACCUUAAUGUUCAAUUAAGGCAUGAUAUUGUAAGGAGAAAUUAGAUGCUAGUCCCUCUUAGGAGUCAAAGGGUUAACUCUGAAAAGAUAUGGAAACAUCUCACUUUUCUGUGACAGGUUCAUGUGAGUGACAAUGUGAAUAACACAGAAGGCUUUAUGACUACCAUAGUGAGUCCACUGGUAGAAAAACGAAAGAAAAUAUUUUCCAUGGACUGUGAAAUGGUAACAUUAUUUUCUUUGUCUUAUCUCAUGGUAGCUUUUAGAUUUCUGUCAACUCAAACUUUGAUAGUUGUCAGAUUUAGUAUAAUGUAUUUGAUUUUUAUGAAUAAUGGAAUUAUGGAAACAGAUUGACAGAUUGAUUUACAGAUGAAAGGGGUGAUUUUCAGAUUGAAGUUUAAAAAAAAAAUGGAAUUGGUAUGUGUGAGAGAGGGAAAAUGCGUUGGCGCAAGGUUGAUUUGCUGAAGAGGUCUGGUUUAACUAGUCCUGGCUGGGUCAUUGUGUUGUGGUCUAGCACAGGAUACCACACUGUCAUAAUCUCUCUUUCCACCCAGUGUAUAAAUGGGCACUGGCAAACUGUUAGGGAAACCAAAUAAAAUGUGGUUGGGGGAAGGGAGAAGGAGGAAACUUGUGAUGGACUAACAUCCUGGGGAAGCAAUACUUGUAGUCACCUCAUGUUGAAGAGACUGGGAUGUGUUCAGCUGGAUGGAUCAUUUAGCUUGAGUGGACUGCAAACUUCUCCUUAUUUCUUAGGGAUAGAAAUGAAUUUGAUUGGUACCAUGGGGAUAUUCCUUGAGAUUUAACAACAAUCUACCACUUAGUGAUUGAUACUUCAUAUUACCAGUAGUAACAGCAUUUAGUUAUUCACUAUUAGAAUUACAGCACAGCUGAUGUGGUUGUGUUAUGAAUAAACAUUUUAUAUACGAAAAAUGUUAUAAGAAUAUUGAAUUAAAAUACAUUUUAAUACUUAAUAAAACUAAAACUUUUCAAAAUGAUCUCAAAACAAUUAAGGGUGACUUAUAUACAGAAAUCUAAAUUAUAUACUGGAAACUCAAUUAGUUCAACAUACAGGGGAAAAACUUGUAAGAGACACAGAACCUUGAUCAAUUCCUAAGACUAAAUGUUGUAUGGUCACUGCAUUGUUAUCUCCUCAGUGUUACACCACUUCAGGGCUGGAGCUGACCCGCAUCACUGUGAUAAACUGGAAUUUGGAGCGAGUCUAUGACACAUUUGUCAUUCCAGAAAGAACCAUUGUUGAUUACAAUACAAGGUAAACAUCAGGUCCUGAUUGUUGGGAGUCCAAUUAGCAAUCAGGGUUUCUUUAUUCCUUCGUUCAAAAGCCUUUUUCUAAUAAUUUCCUAACUUCUUUGUAAGGCAUCCAAUAAUCAAAUUGUAAACAAAAGGAAUAGUAUUGAACUUUCUCCCAAAGCUUUCAAUUCAGCUCAGGAUCCUGAGCCCCUUCUCCCCUUUCAAUGUUGAACAAUUGCAGAAAACCAAAGACCAAUGUUUUGUGGACUUUGGAUAAUGGGUGAAUUAGUAAGGGCACUGGGGCUGAAAUUGGUUUGCUACUCAAGAAUACUUUGAUCUCAGUGGCAAGAUUUAAACUGUUUUGAUGCAGUUUAAAGCUAGCUUAGCUGAAUCUUUUACUCCCACUUGCCUUCCUAUGUGCAAAUCCUCAAGGAUGAAGGGUUAAACAAAGUAUUUUUUUUUUAGAUUCAGUGGAGUGACUGAAGAGUCACUGCAUGGUGUGACAACAACAAUUCAUGAAGUGCAAGCUGUAUUGCUGAGUAUGAUUCACAAAGACACUAUACUAGUGGGACACAGCUUGGAAAGUGACCUCAAAGCAACAAAGGUAAGUUUCCAGGGUACAAUAUAAACAGAAAUAAAAAGGAUGAAGAGCAGCAUUGUUCAUUCAUGUUAACCUGGAGUUUUACCCUAGCUUAGGGUUUCAGUAGGAUUUCAAGAAGGCCCCCUGGGAACUUCCUAUGGAGCUCUAAUAAAUGCUACAGAAUGUGAUGUGCUGUAUCUAGGUGCAUCACCAAGGUAUCAGUUAAGUUGUCUUUCCUUUUAGGCAAUUGAAAAUUGCAGAGACAAAGUCUUAUUUAAACCCACUCUUCUUUUAAUUCUCGGAUCAGACUAGUAUGUAAAAAUUUUAAACUCUCUUUUCCACAAGAAUCUUGCUUAAUUAACCUCCCUGUUGUUCUCUGCAAGCAAAGAGGGCAUUGUGGCUCAAUGAUUUGCAAAUUAGAUGCAGGAAGAGAAAGUCUACAUUUCAGUAUUUCCUGGGUUGGGUCAUCAGGAGGAUUCCUGGAACUAGAAACAUUUUGUGGCUUGCUGAGUUGCAAUAGUUAUGCGACUAGACAUUUCCAAUAUUUGCACCAAGUAUUAGCAUCAUUACAGCUUCUUCAGUGAUAUUUGGUCAUUGAGUAAGGUUUAUCUCUCCUCAGAUAAUUCACAAUAAAGUGGUUGAUACCUCUGUGGUAUUUCCCCACCGACUGGGACCUCCUUAUAAGAGAGCUCUUCGUAACCUCACGGCUGAACACCUCAAAAAGAUUAUUCAGGAUAGUGGUAAGUUUUGAUAAUGGUGAUGAAAAAAUGGUUACAAUUUUUUUUGAGGAAACCAUGCAAAAUGUGCACAUCAGUCCAUUGUACUACAAAUCUUUAUUAUGACUUAUUUGUUUGGAUCCCUGAAAUUUCUUUAGUUGUGUAAUAGUUCAUUUUACAGUUUCAUGCUGAAUUGAUUUUGAAUAGGAGGGAGGCUAAGGGUGACCUUGUUAUCAUGCAAACGUUGCUGCUUUUCAAAUGUGAAUUACUCUGCUAUCAUGCUAACUAGUUACUGGUCUCUAUCAUAGCAAGGUCACCUUCAGCCUCACACCCAAUCAAAGGCAUGACAACUAAGUACACAACUGUAAAAUCAGUGAUUUGUCUCAGUCUUUAAGUGAAGCAGUUUGGGUAAAAAGUUGUCAAGAAUUUGUCUUUCUAAUGGGAUAUUCACAUGUUUUCAUAUUAAGAAACAUCAGGUAAUUUGACAGGAUUUAGAGACCUAUUAGGCUUUUUAUUUAGUGAUGUCAAUAUUUGGAUUCUUGGAUCAAUAAUAGUAUCUGAGCAACUGCGUACCUAUCCCUCCCCUCCCCUCACCCAAACUUAACCCCAACUGCUUUCAGUUGAUUGUUGUUGGGUAAGUGUAAGGGUAGGUGUGUAAUUGCUCAGAUACUGAUUUUGAUUUAUUCUCCCAGACAAUCUCCACAGAAAGUGUGUUACAUUAGAUUUCUCUUUGCCUUACGCUUUCAGAAGUUUGAUAGAUAUUUAAAAAAAUUAUUCCCUACUAUUCUACUACAGUUGAUGGCCAUGACAGCUAUGAAGAUGCAUCUGCUUGUUUGGAGCUCAUGAGGUGGAAGGUGAAAGAAGACAUGAAAAAGACAUCAAGACAAAAGUCUCUGCAUCAAGCAUUUGCAGUUUCAUAGCAACACUUCAACAUUUCACACAGCAAUAGGCAGUUAGCAGGCACUUUUUGCUAAAAGAUUCGACUUAGUUUCUUAGUAAGUCUCUUAAAUUAAGAAGUUUUGUUCAUCUGUUCUGUUAACAGGGGAGCUGACAGUGAAAUUGCAAACUGUAAUAGUUAGAUUUAGAAUUGUGACAGUCACCCCUUUGGGUGCGUUGCUUGGGUUUUGCCACAGGUAGUUAGUGUAAGAGUUGAAACUUAUUUAGUUGGUACUGUCAUCUUUCAGGUUUAGGUGAAACUUCACAUGGAGCUGUCUGUGAAGUCUAUAUGGAAGAGGGGGGGGGGCAGUUAAUGAGAAAGAUUUCACUUUGAUAUGUUUAUUCAUUCAGUAUCUUACAUGUGACCUCAGUAAUUAACACUUGUCAUUUCUGAACCACUGAAAAUAUAUCCAACAGUUGAAUCAUGAAAUAAGGAGAAAAUGAAUCAUAGGUAUAAAGUCAAACAGACAUGAAUGAAGAUUUAGUGUUGGUACAAUAUUUUAUUUGGUUUAAAUAUCAGAUUCCAAAUUCCCAGGUG